AUGUGCAUAACUUUGUCCUCCCAUAACACAGACAAGACAGACAGGAGAGGAGCGAAGAUCCAGUAACCCAACAGAAACCAGCUGGACAGAGUCAACAUCUCACCCAGUGGAUAUAACACAGCGCGAGAGGAGUGACUGGUUCUGCCUCAGCUUGUCACAUGCACUUGUUUUAGUCGGACGUGGAAAGUCAGACAGAGCGUGGGCAUUCAGUAGCCGAGCGGCUGGUCAAACUUGGACCAUGAAGCUUAGCGUGGCGUUGUUUUUUGCAGGGCUCUUUGGGGCGUUGGCAGCUGUGUUCAUCCUUCUUUCUUUUGGAACCGAUUACUGGCUGCUGGCCUCAGAGAGCUGCCACCCGAACCCUGAAGGAUCCGUUGGCCCCGUCACUGUGAUCACAGAGCGUGGCGAUGUGGUGGUGCAAGAGGGCAGUAGUGGUGUCACCCUGUACCAUGAGGGUUUCUUCUGGAGAUGCUCCUUUGGGGGCAACGCUGGUGAUGAAAACCUGCUGUUGAAGCUCUGGUUCACAAACCAGGCUCACUCAAAAGUAUGCAUGCCUGCCUACCUCUUCCCAUUCCCCGUGUCCCAUCAGACCCACAAUGCCACAGAGUAUGAUUCUGCCAUAAUCUACAGGGGAUUCUGGAGCAUCUUUAUGCUCAUCGGAGUGGCAGCUGUGGCUCUCGGUGGCUUCUUCAUCAUCUGUGCUGCUCCGUUUGCCAGCCACCGCUUGUAUAAAACAGGGGGAGGACUUUUCCUGACAUCUGGUCUCUUCCUGCUGUGUGUGGUGAUCAUGUACGUACUGUGGGUGCAGGUGUUGGACGUGGUAGACGUCUACAUAGACCACCAGCGAUCUUCAGUGUGUCCAGACUUCAAUCUGUCCCUCACCUACGGUCUGUCCUUUAUGUUUGCCCCCGUUGGUAUCUUCUUCUGCUUCCUGGCCGGCCUUCUUUUCCUCCUCAUUGGCCGAACCAUCCAGAUUAGCUACCACUGAUCUAAAGCAGCAGCAGGUUAGAGGAUGGAGAUUAAAAUGUCUGGAAUACGAGCAUCUUUUACAGUCAGAUUGUACUGUUUACUGCUGUGUAAAAGCAGGACUCUGUAGAUUCUGUUUGGCAGCUCUGUGGUAUAAAUGAUCUGACAAGCUUGAACACGUUUCGUCCAUUGCUGGGCUCAGAAAUGGCGUCAUGAUGACUUCAACCUGAGCUAGUUUCAAUGUAGUUACACACAGCAGUGAAACAGCACUCUGACCUGAUUUUAUAUAAAUACCUGUGGAGCAAAUAUUUAUUUGAAUCUCGCGUUUCGGCGGUUACAAGAGUUCAGAAUGUAUGUACAUUAAAUUUAAAGUUACCAGAAGUAAAAUGUUGGUGAAGAAAUUGUUGUUAAUUGAAUUACCUUGUUUGCUUUUGGGAUAUGACGUAAAAAGACUGCAAACGCUUUGAAGGAAUGAUUUAAAUAUAUAUUCUGUUUUGUAUAGAGUUUGUAAAAAAAAAUCUAAAAAAAGAAGUGUAUAAUGAAAAGCCUGCAAGGUGGCAUGAUUAUUUUUAUAUUCUGUAUAUACAGUAAUGGAAGUAAGUGACUUUGGAAAGAACGCCUGGACAGUUGUCUUUUCUGCAUUCAGUUUAACACGUAGGCCGAAUAUGUUCUGUAUUUGUGCUAUUGCCCAUAAAUGUAACAACAACAACAAAAAACAAAAAAACUAAACCCGAACAUCUUGACUCUCUCAAUGUCACAACUUUUUCUGUGGCAUACUAAUGUAUAAUGAUGCUGUGAUUGUUUUAAACAGGUCACAAAUACAUCAUUUCAAUUUUUAAAAUAAUUUCAUCUGGGGUUUGGAUUAUUGGCUGUGUAUUAAUACACAUUUGGCAUUCUGGUGAGUAUUUACAACAGCAGGGCAGCAUAUGUGUAUCAACUCAAACUAAACCACAGUGCACAUGUUCAUUAUAAUAACUGAAUGUCAGCCAAUAAACCUGUGUUGCUCUUUUUUUUGGUGUUUUUAAAUGGGCUUUGGAUACACAGAAAACAUUUAUUAGAUCGGUCAAUUCGUUUUUGAUUUGAAUCUUUUUUGCUAACAAUAACAAGAAUGCAGAAUAUCAUCAAUUGGUCCCACAAUAUAACCUAAUAUUCAUAUUUCCUGAGUGUAUCAUGUAUAUUUUCUGCUUUUUUUUCUGCAGUAUUACUUUGCUGUUUGUGUACAUAGCUGAAAACUGUACAGUUUCUUGGUCAUAUUGCUCCACUUUGACCAGAUUAGUGGUUCAGUUCAGGCUGCUAUGUUUCUAAAUAAAGCAACAAUUUCGUAAUAAUGCUGUAACAUUUGUGUUGUAUGCAUUUCUAUUAUCGCUCUCUUCAAGUGUGUUGUGAGUACAUAACAUCAUGUCUGUCAAAUAAAUGACAAUUUUUUUUUUUUUUGUUGGUGUUUGCCAUUAAAAGGACGAGGUGAAGGCUUUUAAUGUGUGAAAUAAAUUAUGCUGUCAUUG